AUGGCGUCAAACAGUACAAGUAUGGUGGAAGUCACCGAACCUUCGUUGCUUGACGUGGUCUCAUCGACAAUCAAAGAGCCGAGUGGGGGUUUGAGUGGUGGAGCUAUUGCGGGAAUCGUUAUUGCAGUCAUUGUAAGCCAUUCUACUCACAUUUUCUCUUCAGAAUCCCAAUUUUCUGCAGGUCGGUGUCCUCCUCCUCGCAGUUCUUGGCUUUUUCGCGUUCAAAUACGUGAAAGACCGUCGGAAAAACCACGGCGAGUACCGUCCGCAGUUCGAAGAGCAGCACCACGCCAAAGACUUACCAUAUCUUCAACCGCCAAACGUCGAAGGGCUCAUUUGA